AAUACCACAAGCUGUCACAUGAUGACAGUUGAGCUGUAUAAAAUAUUGAUGUAUGGUUUCUACAGGAUUGGAUGUAAUGCAAAGCUGCAAUCUAUCUGGGCCAGCUGGCAGCUGAUGCAAUAAGACGUUACCAGUGCUGUGCAACAACAGGCAAUGUACAGAUUUAUAGAUCAAGAAUAUGUGACCACAAGACCACACUCGCUUUAUUAGUGAACAAAUUGGAAAUUGAACAACUGCACAGCGUUUAGGUCUGUAUUUCUGGUUAAUAAUACAAAUUAAUUGCAUGCAAUUUUGUUGCAGCUUCAAAAUGGAUAUAAAAUUGUCCAAAAUACUUUAAUCUGAUGCUUUUGUUUAUGUAAUAUUCAAUAUGCUUAGUGGAGAACAGGUAGCACCUGUCAGCAGUCUACUUUUUUUUAAUGUAUUUCUCCAUGAAGUGCAUUUUUGCAUUCUCGUAUAUCCUCCUUUAUUUGCAGAUUAUUCGAUUAAGUAAGAUGUUCUCUACACUGAAUAGCACGGUGUGUGAGGAGAACUAUCAGAGAACGCAUGAGGACAUAUGAGUAAUGCAUCAGCAGUAAAACUUUCAUUAGGAGCACAGGAAGUAAGUGCUAUAUCUAGCCAUUUAUGCUGUUGAAAAAACAGAAACAAAAAAGUUUAAUCCUUCACUUGAUCCAUAUGCUUUAUCUCAAACCUUUUCUUUUAAUGGCUUUGCAAGCUUGAUGCUGUUUUCCAGAUGGCUAUGUAGCAUUAUAAAUCCGUCUUGCAUGUCAAAGCAACUAUUUCAUGUUACAAUAUGAAGAUUUAGUUACCUGCUACCUGCUUUUCUGUUUCAGUAUGUACACGGUUGCCAGUUGUUUGACCAAGACACUUGGAUGAACAUUAGAAGAUGGAGCUGAAUAAAAUUAUUUUAGUGUAAACGGAUGCUUUUUGUUUUUUUUUGUUUUUUCACUGAACAGGUUACAAUGGAAGCAUUUUCAGUAGUUUCCUAUGAAUAUGCAUUUGGAAAGCUGCACAUCAGGGCAUCUAUUUGAGUUUUUACCCCUUCUUGCGUGAGAAAUGCAUUAGAAAUUUCAGACUUGUUAAAUAAAUUCAUACAUGUCAAGUGCUAUUGUUUAAAACAACGCAGAGCUAAAGAACUUUAUUUGGCUCAUGUAUAGAAUAAUUCAGCAAUACGAUCAUCCACAUUUUUUGCAUUUGAUGUCAUGUCCAUGAUGCUCACUCAAGACCACAAGACAAGUUUGCCCAAAGUCCCUUGUUCGUUCUUUUGAAGGACUAAGCAAAAGGAGAAAAAGAUGGGGUUAUUUUGGCGAUGGAGAUUAAGGCAGAGGGGGGCUUUUUGUCAUUUGUGCGAGACAAGCCAUUCAUCCAUCCCCCGUUCAGAGCCCAAAAAAAAGGCUGGUCCCAGAAAUUAGCAGUUUCAGCUCAGCAGCAGAGGCGUCGGGCUGUGAAGGAACAGAGAAAUUGACUAAUUAGCAAUGCGCACUAAAACUUGACGGUUCUCUCCAUAACGCAGAGAGAAAGAGAGGAAAGACUCGCCUUUUCUCCUCUCCUCUUUUUCCAUAGAUGUUUGAAAUCGCAGUCAUUUACGCUCGACAGUUUUUACAAUAGCCUUGAGCCAUAAUUUUGCGAGUCUCUCCAGCAUCCAUACCCCUGCGCGGUCUCUCUCCACCGGCCAUGCGCGUCCGUUUCUCUCCCCGACCGUGGAUUUCCUAUUACUCUCGUUACGACUCACUGAGCCCCAGGCCCAAGGAUAAUGAUGUGUUGUUUCUUGGUAGCAUAAUUUGUCACACGUAUAUUUCUUCUUCUUCUUCUUCUUCUCUUGCAGAAAGCACACGGCUCCUCUCACACUCACACACACUUCUUCUUCUUGUUAAUUCAGAGGAAACAUAAAUGAUCAAUGAGCUUGAAUGAGCGGGGAUCAAUGGUUAGGAUUCUGAUCCAUCGAUCAUAGACUUUUCUAACAGGACCGAACAAAGAAAGUGCACUGAAGGAGCCGCAGCUUUACUUUUCUUCAAGUCAGGUAAGUUUUGGAUACCUACUACUAGCAUUCGGCACGGGUGCGCACUGGGCGUAAAUGUGCCACGGGCUGAAAGUUGCCGUUUCUUCUGCUGUUCUGCCUCAGAUUGGGCGAGAAAUACCGCGCGUGUUGUUGAACGGAGCGAUUGCAUUGUGUUGUUGCCGACCAAAGCGAUGCGCAACCGCACAUCUACGGUGGUGAUGAUGCUGAUGUUGCGGGAGACAAACUAAUUGCUUUUGUAUCGCAUAUCGGGGGGAAUGUGUGCAUGCAUUUAAGUCUUGUAAGGGGGUGUGUGUGUGUGUGUGUGUGUGUGUGUGUAUCUGUGUUCGCGUGGCCGGAUAACAGAUAGCGGGCAGUUUGUAGGCUAGAUCGUGGGCUUUGCUUUCCAACAACCCGGCGUAGUUUGUUUGUUUCCCGCAGCGACCAUCGGAUUUGACGUGCUCACGAACACAUGCAUGAGAUAUAUAGAUGGGUAUGCAAGGAUGCGUGUGGUUGGGAAAUGCAUGCACUUGCAUGCUGCAAACUUAAUGCAUUUUCAUGCACACACGAUGUGUAUAUAUAUAUAUAUAUAUAGCCUACCUUAUAUCUGCACAAAUCCAACUUGCAUGCAUGCAUGAAUGAAUGAGAUACCUUCAGAAUGCAUAUGCUUUUAUAAAACCGGCUGAUGCAUUUCCAUGCAGUGUAGUGCACCAAUGGCAUUGUUUACUCGCAGGAGGUGUGCGCAGCCCCGAAGUCAUGUCCAGAUCGGGUGACCGAACCUCCACGUUUGACCCGACUCACAGCGACACUCUGCUGCACGGUCUCAACCUGCUGUGGAGGAAGCAGCUCUUCUGCGAUGUGACUCUCACGGCGCAGGGACAGCAGUUCCACUGCCACAAAGCCGUGCUGGCAUCCUGCUCGCAGUACUUCAGGUCCCUGUUCUCCACGCACAUGCUGAGCAGAGAAGACGGGCUGGCGGCGAAGGACCAAGGCAGCAGCGGCACCCCGUCUUCCUCCCCCGAUGACAAGCUCCUGCCCAGCCCGCGCUCCACCAUCAACAACCUGGUGCUGCAGGGCUGCUCCUCCAUCGGUCUGCGGCUGGUGCUGGAGUACCUUUACACGGCCAACGUGACCCUCUCCCUGGACACGGUGGAGGAGGUGCUCUCCGUCAGCAAGAUCCUCAACAUCCCGCAGAUCACCAAACUCAGUGUGCAGUUCCUCAACGACCAGAUCUCGGUGCAGAACUACAAGCAGAUCUGCAAGAUCGCAGCUCUGCACGGGCUGGACGAGACCAAGAAGCUCGCCAACAAGUACCUGGUGGAGGACGUGCUCCUCUUGAACUUUGAGGAGAUGUGCGCCAUGCUGGACGCCCUGCCUCCGCCCGUGGAGUCGGAGCUGGCGCUCUUUCAGAUGUCCGUGCUGUGGUUGGAGCACGACAGGGAGACCAGGAUGCACUACGCUCCUGACCUGAUGAAGCGCCUGCGCUUCGCCCUCAUCCCUGCCCCGGAGCUGGUGGAGAGGGUGCAGUCGGUGGACUUUAUGAGGAGCGACCCGGUGUGCCAGAAACUGCUCCUGGAUGCCAUGAACUACCACCUGAUGCCCUUCAGACAGCAUUGCAGACAGACCACAGCCAGCAGGAUUCGUUCAAACAAACGGAUGCUCCUGUUGGUUGGAGGCCUGCCCCCGGGUCCCGACCGCCUCCCUAGUAAUCUGGUUCAGUACUACGACGACGAAAAGAAGACAUGGAAGAUCCUUACAAUAAUGCCGUAUAACAGCGCCCAUCACUGUGUGGUUGAGGUGGAGAACUUCCUGCUUUUAUUGGGUGGAGAAGACCAGUGGAAUCCUAAUGGCAAACACAGCACUAACUUUGUAAGUCGGUACGAUCCGAGAUUCAAUAGCUGGAUACAACUACCGCCCAUGCAGGAGAGGAGAGCGAGUUUCUUCGCUUGCUGCCUGGAUAAGCACUUGUAUGUUGUUGGGGGAAGGAACGAGACAGGUUAUCUGUCUAGCGUUGAAGCCUAUAACCUUGAGACAAACGAAUGGAAUUACGUUUCGUCUCUUCCACAGCCGCUGGCUGCGCACGCAGGCGCCGUGCACAAUGGGAAAAUAUACAUCUCAGGUGGCGUUCACAAUGGUGAAUACGUAUCUUGGCUGUACUGCUACGACCCUGUGAUGGACGUGUGGGCUCGGAAACAGGACAUGAACACCAAGCGAGCCAUACACGCUCUCGCAGGCAUGAACGACCGCCUCUACGCUAUUGGAGGAAACCACUUAAAGGGAUUCUCUCAUCUGGAUGUGAUGCUGGUUGAAUGCUACGAUCCUAAAGCAGAUCAGUGGAGCAUCCUGCAAACGCCCAUCUUAGAGGGACGCAGCGGGCCUGGAUGUGCUGUUCUUGAUGACAGUAUUUACUUGGUGGGAGGCUACAGCUGGAGCAUGGGGGCAUAUAAGUCAUCCACCAUUUGUUACAGCCCAGAGAAAGGCACAUGGACAGAAAUGGAAGGAGAAGUGGCUGAACCUUUAGCUGGACCGGCCUGUGCCACAGUCAUACUGCCAGUCUGUUUACCGUUUAACAAAUAACUAUACAGAACGCCGAAUAAUGCGGCCGAGAAGAGGAAAAACCAGUCAAUCGCUAAACGAAUCAAAUAAAUGAGGAGACUCUCCAUAUGGAACGCCCCCAGCUUUUGAACAGGAGGUGAUGAGGUGUACAGAUUAUUAUUUUUUUACUGGUCUGACAAGAGCACUUUGUUUCUUUCAUACCUAACAGUUUACUGAUAUAAUCAUCAACUUUGCGUAUUUGAUGCUCACGUGUGUUGACAUUCAGCUGCUCACAUUCAAUCCUUUUUUAUCAUAAAUGUUUUGACAUAGCACGCAUAAUUUUUUUUUUAAACAUAUCGAUAUAGCUUCCAUACGUACUUUGUAUUUUGUGGAAACUGCCGAUCAAAGACAACGCUGAAGUGGGUUGACAAAGGAAUAUUUAUGUUUUCACAAGCAAAACUCAUGAUUCUGUGUACACAGUAGAGUAGAUAUCAGCUAUUUAAUAUAUAUCACAUCAUGUCUGCUUGUUAGAUAUUUGUCGCCAUACUUGAGUGGCACAUUGUUAUUUGUACAGAUGAGAGGGGCAUAAAUGUCAAUUAUAUAAAAAAAAAAAAAAAACACAUUUCAGUAAAACACAAGUUAUGAUUUAUUGUUUGAACAAUCAGUAUAUUAUUUAUUUAGCCAUGUGGUAUAUAUGCAUGGCGUGAAGUGGAAAGUUUAUUGUGUUUUACUGUGGGUACAUAUUUGUUUAUGUUAAUAUCUGUUCAUAUCUCACAGUGCCUAUUUUUAGCAUCAGGCUGCUUUAUUUCAUAAACUUUCCCAUGAUAAGAAUCAGACCUUUUAAAUCGAGUCAAAAUCAUAUAAAUUAUUGGCCUGAUUGGUUUCUCUGAGACGUGAUAUGAAAUCUGAAUUUGUUGCACUGGUGUUUGUUGGCCCUUUUGAUGAGAAAAGGGGAAUGUUUUUCAUUGUUGUAAAUAAUCGCUUGCAGUGGAACAUUUUUGUGCUCAUAGGAUUUAUUCUCAAAUCCUGUUAUGUUCUUUACAUUUAGUCUAUGAAAAUAAAACUGAAUUUCUGGAUCAAUAAUCUGUCUGGGCUCCCCCGCAACAACACAACACUCCUACCUAUCUAGAAUUGUUUAUGUGUGUUUGCAGUAUUAUAGCAACUGACCCAUUACUCUAUUUCAUUACAGUGUGCAAUAAUGUGUUUCAUUUACUUAUUGGAAAGUAUUUUGGUAAAUACAACAUCAAACAAAUCUGAUAAAAGGCACAAGUACACGUAAAACAUCUUAAGUGUUACUCAAGCAUGCAUGCUGUAUAUUUUCUCUGAAAGUCGGAAGAGAAUGGACUUUGGCAGACUGAAGGUAAGG